AUGAGGACUCUGAUGGUCCUGAGUGCAGUGCUAGCAGCUGCCAUCGCCAGGCCAGGUGGCAUGUCUGAAGUUGAGCCCUUACCAUGCUCGACAAAGAUAAGAGAAUCCGGUGCGGUCAUCUUGAAAGACAGAAUUGGGACCAACAUGCGAGCUGAAGACGCCACAUUAGUUAGUAGUGAAUCGGCCGAGGCUGAAACGGCCAGUUACGAAAGGACCAGCCUCUCUCCUUCCACUGAAAUACCUGACACUCCCAUAGUAACCAGCUUGAAUGUAAAUCGCAAGAUAGAUCUUGCUUCUAAUAGCAAAAUGCCGUCGACUGGUUCCAUUAUUUCGUCUCAAGUGUCGUCAGCUCCCACGAAUGUUGCUAGUCUUCAACAUAUUGGUAGUUCCGAGAUUUCCAAGUCGUCUGCUUCUGCCGAAAGACUUGACAGUUCCACAGAAAGCGAGUUGAAAGCGAGCAGUAAGAUAGCUCUCACUACUGGUGGCCAAGUGCCCACAGAUAGCUCCAUUAGUCAUCCUGAAACGUCGCCAGCUCCUAAGAAUGCCGCUAGUCUUCAGCACACUGAUAGCUCCGAAACUACUAACCCAUCUCCUUCCGCCGAAAAAGCUGACUGUUCACCGGAGAGCAUGUUGAAGACCGACUCUAAAGUAGGUCUCGCUUCAGGUAGCAAAGUGCUUUCACCUGGCUCCAUUAGUCUGUCUCAAACGACUUCAGCUCCUAAGAAUGCUGCUAGUGUUCAGGAUAUUGACAGCUCAGAGAUGUCCAACUCUCCUUCUGCCAAAAGACCUAGCAGUUCCACAGAAAGCAACUUGAAUGCCAACAGUAAGAUAGCUCUCGCUGCUGGUGGCCAAGUACCCUCAGGUGGCUCAAUUAGUCGGUCUCAAACGUCGUCAGUUCCUAAGAACCCCGCCAGUCUUCAGGAUACUGACAGCUCCGAAGUUUCCAUCUCGUCUCCUUCCGCCGAAAAAGCUGACUGUUCCCCAGAGAGCAUGUCGAACACCAACCAUAAAGUAGGCCUCCCUUCUUCUGGUGGCAAAGCGCCCUCAACUGGCUCCAUUAGUCACACUCAAACGUCGUCAGGUCCAAAGAGUGCUGCUAGUCUUCAGGCUAUUGACAGCUCCGAGACAUCCAACUCUUCUCCUUCGGCCGAAAGACCUGACAGCUCCUCAGAAAGCAAGUUGAACGCCAUUAGUAAGUUAGCUCUGGCUUCUGGUGGCCAAGCGCCCUCAGCUGGCUCCAUUAGUCAGUAUGAAAUGUCGUCACCUCCUAAGAAUGCUGCUAGUCUUCAGGAUAUUGACAGCACCGAGACGUCCAACUUGCCUCCUUCUGCCGAAAGACCUUGCAGUUCCUCGGAAAGCGCGUUAGACGACAACAGUCCGGUGAAUCUCUCUUCUGCUCGUAAAAUUCCCUCACCUGACUCAGUUAGUCCCUCUGAGAGAUCUCCGUCCCUUAAUAAUGUAGAGAGAGUCCCAGAUUUUGAAACCUCCGGUGUCUCUGAACCUGUUCAAAGGCUGAGCGAUGACUUACCUGCCAGCAAUACAUUUCAGAAUCUUCCUGUCAGUAACUUGCGUGCCACUUCUUCUGUUAACUCCCAAACAAUCGUUUCUGAAAGUCUGGACAAUAUUGCUAGUGUAGAUAUGCCUGGGGCAUUUCAACCUGUCAAGAAGCCCAAAACUGAUUCACUUGCUAGCUCCUCCUUUGGGGAUCUUCCUGCCAGCAAUAUUCCAGCGAGUCCCUCUGCUGACUCCCAAGAAGAGAUUUCUCCCGCCAGUGAUCCUCGCUAUCCCAUCAGUAGCCUUGCCCCUACCUCUACUGGGCUUGGGUUGUACAAUGCCGUCAACCAUUGGCUUUGUACCAGGCCUUUCUACAGCCCUCCAGCCAACAGUGACAGUGUGAGCCUUCCGUUUACAAUGACAUACCCAACUCCCAAUUCUAACAACGGCAAGUUUGGUCUCUCCAUAAGCAGCCCAUUUACUGGUCUUUCUGUGGAUAGUUUCUCACCUGACAUCUUGGCUCACUCCAGCAACGUUAUAGACACUGCUCACUGUGCAUCUCUCGCCGACGGGCUAGCCAACUUCACUCCGACUCUACCACAGCUGUCACUCGAUGAAUGUAAUCAGGUCGGAGCAUUCUUGACAACCUCGGAUCGGGCAGACGCUGGCUACAUCCCCGGCGGUCCAGUGUAUACCGUUGUCGGUCCAUCUGCUGCAGCGGUGAGGCUAUCUGCAGGCUCCGGCCCUUCCGCCGCCCCACGCAGUCAGUCAUCAAACACCGUCAUCUUCGGUGGCGUUCCUGUCCGCGUAUGGGCACCACCAGCUGCCCCACCCAAGAGUCAGUAUCCAGGCUCCAUCAACUUUGAUGGCAUUCCUGUAUCUACCGCUGUCCAGCAGGCAGCAGUACCAGUGAAUCCUGCUUACAACAUCUUCAACUUCGGUGGCGUCCCUGUUCAUACCUUUCUCCUAAGUGCAGUGCUUGCAGCUGCGUACGCAAGGCCUGCUGUCUUGUCGGAAGCUGCGCCAUCACCAUGCUCGACAAAGACAGGGGCAACCAGUGCUGCCAUCCUGAAGGAUAGAAUUGGAGCAGUCAUGCAAAAAGGAGUCGCCGCAUCGGUUAGCAGUGAAUCGGCCCAGUCUGAAACGGCCAGUUCCGAAACUUCACGUUUGUCUUCUUCAGCUAAGAAGCCCAACAGUUCCCCAGAGAGCAAGCUGAACCCUAACCGUAACAUAGGUCACAUUUUAGAUAGCAAAACGCCCUCAUCGGACUCUAUCAGUCCGUCUCAGAUGUCACCACAAUCUAAGAAAGCUGCUAGUCAUCAGGACAUUGACAGCUCCGAAACGUCCAACCUGUUUCCUUCCCGUGAAACACAUGACAGUUCAUUAGAGAUCAAAUUGAACGGCAACAAUAAGGUGGAGCCUAUCUCUGGUAGCAAAAUGCUCUCACCUGACUCCAUUAGUCCGUCUCGAACGUCGCCAAAAUCUAAGAAUGUUGUUCGUCUUCAGGAUACUGAUAGCUACGAAACGUCCAACCCGUCUCCUUAUCCUGAAAAACCUGCCAGUUCCCCAGAGAGCAAGUUGAACCCUAACCGCAAUGUAGGUCUCUCUUCAGGUAGCAAAAUGCAGUCUCCUGACUCCGUUAGUUCAUCGCAGACGUUGCCACAAUCUAAGAAUACUGCUAGUCUUCAGGAUAUAGAUAGCUCCGAAACGUCCAACCUGUUUCCUUCCCGUGACAGUUCAUUAGAGAUCAACUUUAACGAUAACGGUAAGGCAGGGCCCACUUCUGGUAGCAAAAUGACCUCACCUUACUCCAUUAGUCCGUCUCAAACGUCGCCAAAAUCUAAGAAUGUUGUUCGUCUUCAGGACAUUGACAGCUACGAAAUGUCCAACCUAUCUCCUUAUACCGAAAAACCUGCCAGUUCCCCAGAGAGCAAGUUGAACCCCAACCGUAAACUAGGUCUCAUUUCUGGUAGCAAAAUGCCCUCACCUGCCUCCGUUAGUCAGUCUCAAACGUCGUCAGCUUCUAAGGAUAUUGACAGCUCCGAGACGCCUAACUCGUCUCCUUCUGCCGUAACACCUGAAAGUUCCACAGAAAGCAAACAGAACGCCAAUCGUAAGACAGCGCUAGCUUCUGGUGGCCAAGUGCCCUCAGGUGGCUCCAUCAGUCAGUCUCAGACAUCUUUAGUUCCUAAGAAUGCUGCUACUCUCCAGGAUAUUGACAGCUCCGAAACCUCCAUCUCGUCUCCUUCUGCCGAAAACGCUGACUGUUCCCCAGAGAGCAUGUCGAACACCAACUAUAUGGUAGGUCUCGCUUCUGGUAGCAAAGUGCCCUCAACUGGCUCCAUUAGUCCAUUAGAAACAUCUUCAGCUCCUAAUUAUGCUGCUAGUCUUCAGGAUAUUGAAAGCUCCGAGACGUCUAAGUCGUCUGCUUCCACCGAAAGACCUUGCAGUUCCUCGGAAAGCAUGUUGGAUGACAGUUCGGAGAAUCUCUCUUCUGCUGGCAAAAUGCCCUCACCUAAUUCGUUUACUCCUUCUGAAAGAUCUCCAUCCCUUACUAAUGCAAACAGUGAUCAAGAAUUUGAAACAUCUGGUGUAUCCGAUUCUGCUCUAAAGCCCAACGAUGACUUACCGGGCAGCAACACGAAUUCUCCUGUAAGUAACUUGCGAGACACUUCUUCUGUUAACCCUCAAGAAAGCGUUUCUAAAAGUCUAGGCAAUAUUGCCAGUGUAGAUACCUCUGCUACUUUUCAACCUACCAACAAGCCCAAAGCUGAUUCGCCUGACAGCACCUCAUUUGGGGACCUUGCUGGCAGCAACUUUCCAUCGACUCACUCCGCUGACUCGCAAGACGACCUCUCCCCUGCCAGUGAUCCUCGCUAUCUCAUUAAUAGCCUUGUUCCUUCUGCAUCUGCCACUCCUGGUCUUGGUUUGUACCAUGCUGCCGGUCACUGGCUUUGUACCGGGCCAUUCUACAGUCACCAAGCCAACAGUGACAGUGUGAACCUUCCCGUUACAAUGACGUACCCACCACCUAGUUCUAACAAGGCCAUGUUUGGUCUUUCCACUAGCACCCCGCUUGCUGAUCUUUCUGGUGAUAUAUUCUCCCCCGACGUCAUUGCUCACUCCAGCAAUGUUAUGGACAAUGCUGAUGGGGCAAUUCUCACAGACUGGCCAGCUAGCUUCACUCCGACUCUGCGACAGCUGUCACUCGAUGAAUUAAGGAAGAGCCAGACACCAAACACUGUCACCUUCGGUGGUGUUCCUGUCCGCGUGUGGGCGCCACCAGCUGCACCAUCAACGACCCAGUAUCCACGGAUCAUCAACUUUGGUGGCGUUCCCGUCCCCGCCAACGUCCAAGAGGCGGCAGUUGCUCAUAACACCAUCAACUUCGGUGGCGUCCCAGUCCGUACACCAAACCAUCCCACGAUCCUGCUCGCAGUUUGUGCAGCUGUUACGGCCAGGCCUGACAUCCUCGACGUUAAGACCACACCGAAGCCAUGCGUGACAAAGGCAAAGACCUCCAGAGUUGGAGCCUUGGAGGACAAAGUCGCUGCCAGCAGACCAAAUGAUCCCGGUGUUCCAGUUGAUCCAGAAGUGCCUCCACAAGAAAAACCCAAAGUGCCCAACAUGGCUGACCUCAAAACAACGAUCCUGCUCGCAGUUUGUGCGGCUGUCACAGCCAGGCCUGACAUCCUCAAUGUUAAGACCACAUCGAAGCCAUGUGCGACAAAGGCAAAGACCUCCGGACUUGGGGUCUUGGAGGACAAAAUGGCAGCAAGCAGACUAGAUGAUCCCGGUGUUCCAGUUGAUCCAGAAGUGCCUCCAGAAGAAGAACCCAAAGUGCCAGACAUGGUUGACCUCAAAAUAGUCGCAAUUCUGUACGCCUGCAAGGUCGUCAUGUCGACUAUACCGUGUCAGGUGGGAUACUGUUUGCCAGGUGAAGUGGAUAUUUGCUCCACUUAG